GCGCAUAAAUAAUGAUAAUAAAAGCUAAGAUAAGAGAAGAAAUGUGCACUUUGUUUAGGGGUGCUUCUCCUCCUCCCCCUUUCUCUUUCUCUCGCCCCAUCCUUUUCUCCAUUUGAGGCCAACUUCUUUGUAUGCAGCAGCCUAAUAAGAAGCAGACAACACUUUGAGGAGGGAGGCAGGCAGGAAAGGGGGUGACAUCAAUCUGGGUCUGCUGUCUGUGCCCAUUUGGAGUGCAGCACUUUCCAGAGUGCACUGAGACGCGGUUGCAGCCUGGCAAAAGACCUUUACUGCAAAUAGCAGUCAGGAUUUGGUGUUUGUGGGUGGUUGCAAGUCUCCACUGGGACAGAGAGAAUGGCAUCCCCAGGGUGGACGCUCCUGGUUCUGGCGGUGGCCGCCUGCUCGCCUUUCGCAGCGGGACGGAGAAUGAAGCAGCCCCGGUGCCCCUCUGGAUGUACCUGCACCAAAGAUAACGCCCUGUGUGAAAACGUCCGCUCCGUGCCUCACCAUUUCCCCUCAGACGUCCUGUCACUGUCUUUUGUCAAGUCUGGAUUCAGUGAAAUCACGGGAGGAAGCUUUGCGCAUACACCCGCCUUGCAACUACUAUUGUUCACGGCUAAUUCCUUUGACUUGAUCGACGAAGACGCAUUCGUAGGUCUGCCACAUCUUGAAUAUCUGUUUAUUGAGAAUAACAAGAUUGCAUCAAUCUCUCCCAAUGCAUUCCGGGGCCUCAAAACAUUGAUACAUGUGAGUCUGGCUUACAACAAUCUUGAGACGCUGCCUAAAGAUGUGUUCAAGGGUAUGGAUGCUUUGACUAAAGUGGAUCUGCGAGGCAACAGCCUGAUAUGCGACUGCAAGCUGAAGUGGCUGGUGGAGUGGAUACACCACACCAACGCCACACUAGACCAGAUCUACUGCAGCGGGCCGCCCAGUCACCAGGGCAAGAAGAUCAAUGACCUGCUGCCGUACUCCUUCGACUGCAUCUCGUCAGAGUUUGCCUCCUAUCAGUCGCUGAAGUUCGAGUCCAUUUCCGUGGAGUCGUUCACCUUUGGCAACGACCAGUUUGUUGUAUUUGCGCAACCCUUUGCCGGCACGUGCAGCUUCAUGGAAUGGGAUCACGUUGAGAUGAACUUCAGGAGCUUUGACACCAUCGAAAGCACUUCCACUGUGGUCUGCAAGCCCAUGGUGAUUGACCACCAACUUUUUGUCAUCGUGGCGCAGCUCUUUGGUGGCUCCCACAUUUACAAACGCGACAUCUCCGCCAACAAGUUCAUCAAGAUCCAGGACAUUGACAUCCUGAAAAUCCGCAAACCCAACGACAUCGAAACCUUCACGAUUGACGGGGAGUCAUUCUUCGUCAUUGCAGACAGCUCUAAGGCCGGAUCAACAACCGUGUACAAAUGGAACGGCAAUGGAUUCUACUCCCAUCAGUCUCUCCACCCGUGGUACCGGGACACAGACGUGGAAUACCUGGAGAUCUCCAGCAAACCUCACUUGAUCUUGUCCAGCAGCUCCCAGAGGCCUGUGGUUUAUCAGUGGAACAGGGUCCUGAAACAGUUUGACCGCAGGACCGACCUACCUGAGAUGGAGGAUGUGUUCUCCAUUAAACACUUCCGGGUCAAAGGAGAUCUGUUUAUAUGCUUGACAAGAUUCAUCGGGGACUCCAAGGUGAUGCGUUGGGAAGGCGCCAUGUUCAAGGAGGUCCAGACGUUCCCAUCCCGCGGAUCUAUGGUCUUCCAGCCCGUCUCCAUCGGCAACUGGCAGUACGCCAUCCUGGGCAGUGAUUACUCGCUGACGCAGGUGUACCAGUGGGACGCCAAGAGGGGCCACUUUGUGCCGUCUCAGGAGCUGAGCAUCCAGGCGCCGAGGGGAUUUUCUCAGGUGUCAGUGGACGGUCGGGAGUUCCUGAUUGCCUCCAGCUUUAAGGGCAAAUCGCAGAUAUACGAGCACCUCAUGAUCGAUCUUAGCAAUUAAAUCCGAACUCAAACGCCUACUAGGUUGUACAAUCCUGAUGUCGACCAACAUCUCCAGGAAACAUAUUUCACUAAAGUCAGAGUUUGGACCACAGAAACAUCAGUUUAAUCCAUGCUUAUGUUUUCGUUUUGGUGAACUCCCACCAAAAAACACAGUGGGAAGAAGAAGAAUAUAAAAAAAAUCCAUAGCCUCGUCCACUGCAAAAAGUCUGUGUUCAAAAAACAAGAAAAAAAUACAAAAAUGAGGGGUAUUUUAAUUGAACUAAGCAAAAUGAUCUGCCAAUAGAACAAGAACAUUUGGCUUGUCAAGACUUUCCAAAACAAGUCAAAUUAGCUAACCUCAAUGAACCCAAAAAUACCUUAAAAUAAGUAUAUUCUCACUAAUAACAAGUGCACUUUUCUUGGUAGAAAAAAAAGAGACCUUUUUGCUCAAUAUGUUGAAAAAUAUUCUUAAAUUAAGUAUAUGCUAGUGCCAUUAUCUUGACAUAAUGAUAUGCGCUCGGCAUCAUGAUUUUUUUUUUCAUGCUUGAAAUAAGAAAUUGUUACCUUAAAAAAGUAGUUUUAUACUUGUGAGUGUUGAUGACACAGCUUUGCAACAGUUGAUAUUCUAGUUUCAAGCAUGUUUUACUCAAUAUAGGUCAUCAAAUCUCAGCAACAAGCUGUCAUAUCUUACUGAGAUCAUUUAGGACCAAAACCCUCAAAACAAGUAAAACACUAACAUAAAAUCUGAUUAGUGAGAAGAAUUAUCUUAUCAGACAGAAAAUAAGCAAAUAUCACCCUUAUUUGAGAUAUUUAAUCUUACUUAGAUUUCAGUUUUUGCAGUGUCGUCACUUGUUAUCAAACGUUCGGUCGACUUGUUUUGUCAUUUUGCAGUGGUUAACUUCUUUUUACACUUGCGUGACAAGAGUGCUAAAAAGUGAGAUUUCACAUCACCUUACGCCUUCGUUAUAAAAGCAGUUUGUUUUGUUUUCACGUCUCAGUCUUAACAGGAGUUAACUUCAUUCUACAUGAGUAUGAUCGCUCAGAACGUUACUCUGAACCAUAAUAAGCGCAACAGUUUGACCCUGGCACUGACUAUUUUCUGAUGUCUUCAUAUUCAAAGGGAAUAUCUUAAUUUUACCAACUUUCGCAUACUCUAAGCCAGUGUUUGUGCCUGCAUAAGUGAGAAUAAUACUCAUUUAGCAGAGGAAGCAAGCAAAGUGGUCCAUAGUGAAAAUCCCGUUGACUGUGUUUACUGCAAGGCCACGGAAUGAAGAUAGACUGUCCUCCAUCUACUUGUACUCUGCAGUUACGCAAGACUCCAUGAAUGAUGCAGACGCUCACAAUGUUGUUCUUCGGAUGAAUGACUCGCUAGAAGCAUCCCACUGUGUCGCUAUCCCACCUCGUUCCCUUUUCACUUGCCCUUUUUUCGCCCUCAUGGACAAAAAGCAUUGUUGGAAUGACACUGUGCUGCACCUGUACCUGUGCUCGCACCUCUUUCAACUAAACCUUACUGACAACAAGUUGCCAAAUACAAUGUUUACUGUUAUUUUUCUACUAUACUGUAUAUAGUAAUUUAUAUGAUACAGCUUUUCUAGGUAGUUUCAUUUUGGAUAGGCUAGUAUGUUACAAUAGUAGCCUCAUUGUUACAUUUGUGCAGUUUCACUCUUAAAGUUAGAAUAUAAUUGUGGAAAUUGUCAUUAAAACAGUAGAAAUGUCCGAUUUUUGUCAUUGUUGUUAUUGAUUUACCUAUAUAACAUGUAUUUUUUUUCGAUUUCAUGACCAAUAAAACAGAGUA